AAUGGACACCUGAGUGGCUAAGGCAGCAGAUUCUGCAGGAGGACUUCCGCAGACGCCAUGUGGGAGGCGGUGCUGCCACUAAGACUGCUGAGGGGUAUGGAGCUGCAGGGCGCAGCAGAGGAAGAGGGGGUUGGAAAGGCCGAGGCCGUGGGAGGAGCUUUGGCAGAGGUAGAGGCCGAGGUGACUAUAAUGAGGGGCAUGGGAGCUCUAGUGGCAGGGGGAGUACCAGAAUGGAGGGCACGUGCUGGUACUGCAAGAAGAUAGGGCAUCCUUGGUUCAAGUGCUUCAGCAGGCCGGAGGGAUGGGCACCUCCAGGCAUGAAGCCACCCAGUGGUGAACGCGCACAAGGUGGCGCUGUGCAAGGCUCAG